CGCGCAGAGCGUCUCCCCAGCUGCGCAGCGAGACCCGGGCCUCCCGGCCCCACGAGCCCCCGGCUGCCGCUCCAGGUGUAUGGGACUGAAGUUCUUGGAGAACGGAGUCCAACUCUUCAAGGUGAACUAUGACCACUUUACUCUUGGCGUUUGUGACUCUGAGGGUCAUCACAGCGGCCAUCUCAGUAGACGUUUCAGACCCUGACAACUCGCUGAGUGUCAGCAUCCCCGAACCAUCCCCGCUGCGGGUCCUCCUGGGGACCUCCCUCACCAUCCCCUGCUAUUUCAUCCACCCCACUCACCCUGUGACCACCGCCCCCUCCACCGCCCCCCUCGCCCCGAGAAUCAAGUGGAGCCGCAUUUCCAAGGAGAAGGAGGUGGUGCUGCUGGUGGCCACGGAAGGGCAGGUGCGGGUCAACAGCGCCUACCAAGACAGGGUCUCGCUGCCCAACUACCCAGCCAUCCCGACCGACGCCACCUUGGAACUCCAGAACCUGCGCUCCAAUGACUCUGGCAUCUAUCGCUGCGAGGUGAUGCACGGCAUCGAGGACAGCGAGGCCACCCUGGAGGUCGUGGUGAAAGGCAUCGUGUUCCAUUACAGAGCCAUCUCCACGCGCUACACCCUGGACUUCGACAGGGCGCAGCGGGCCUGCCUGCAGAACAGCGCCAUCAUCGCCACGCCCGAGCAGCUGCAGGCCGCCUAUGAGGACGGCUUCCACCAGUGCGACGCCGGCUGGCUGGCCGACCAGACUGUCAGGUAUCCCAUCCACUUGCCCCGGGAAGGCUGCUAUGGGGACAAGGAUGAGUUUCCCGGCGUGAGGACCUACGGCAUCCGUGACACCAAUGAGACCUACGAUGUGUACUGCUUUGCCGAGGAGAUGGAGGGUGAGGUCUUUUACGCAACGUCUCCGGAGAAGUUCACCUUCCAGGAGGCAGCCAACGAGUGCCGGCGCCUGGGCGCCCGGCUGGCCACCACCGGCCAGCUCUACCUGGCCUGGCAGAGCGGCAUGGACAUGUGCAGCGCCGGCUGGCUGGCCGACCGCAGCGUGCGCUACCCCAUCUCCAAGGCCCGGCCCAACUGCGGGGGCAACCUCCUGGGCGUGAGGACCGUCUACCUGCACGCCAACCAGACUGGCUACCCCGACCCCUCAUCGCGCUACGACGCCAUCUGCUACACAGGUGAAGACUUUGUGGACAUCCCAGAAAACUUCUUCGCUGUGAGUGGCGAGGAGGACAUCACCAUCCAGACGGUGACCUGGCCGGAUGUGGAGAUGCCACUGCCACAAAACAUCACUGAGGGUGAAGCUCGAGGCAAUGUGAUCCUCACAGUGAAACCCAUCUUUGGCGUCUCCCCCACCAUCCUGGAGCCUGGGGAGCCCUUCACGUCUGUCCCUGGCGUGGGGACCACCGCCUUCCCUGAGGCAGAGAACGAGACUGGAGCGGCCACCAGACCCUGGGGCGUUCCGGAGGAGUCCACACCCGGCCUGGGCCCCAUCACAGCUUUCACCAGCGAGGACCUUGUGGUACAGGUGACCACAGCUCCUGAGGUCCCUGGGCAGCCACGAUUGCCAGGGGGUGUCGUGUUCCACUACCGCCCGGGCUCCGACCGAUACUCUCUGACCUUCGAGGAGGCACAGCAGGCCUGCCUGCAGACAGGGGCGGUCAUCACCUCGCCCGAGCAGCUCCAGGCCGCCUACGAAGCGGGCUACGAGCAGUGUGACGCCGGCUGGCUGAGUGACCAGACCGUCAGAUACCCCAUUGUGAGCCCCCGGACCCCAUGUGUGGGCGACAUGGACAGCAGCCCGGGGGUCAGGACCUACGGCGUGCGCCCCUCAUCGGAAACCUAUGAUGUCUACUGCUACGUGGACAGGCUCGAGGGGGAGGUGUUCUUCGCCACACGCCUGGAGCAGUUCACCUUCCGGGAAGCCCUGGAGUUCUGUGGGUCCCACAACGCCACCCUGGCCACCACGGGCCAGCUCUAUGCUGCCUGGAGCCGCGGCCUGGACAAGUGCUACGCCGGCUGGCUGGCAGACGGCAGCCUGCGCUACCCCAUCGUCACCCCACGACCCGCCUGUGGUGGGGACAAGCCAGGCGUGAGGACCGUCUACCUCUACCCCAACCAGACAGGCCUCCCGGACCCACUGUCCCGGCACCACGCCUUCUGCUUCCGAGGUGUCUCAGUGGCGCCGUCUCCAGGAGAAGAGGAGGCUGGCACGCCCACACUGCCCUCAGGCGUGGAGGACUGGCUCGUGACCCAAGUGGCGCCUGGCGUGGCUGCUGUCCCCUUAGGGGAGGAGACGACAGCAAUUCCAGCCUUCACCGUUGAGCCGGAAAACCAGACAGAAUGGGAACCAGCCUACACGCCACUGGCUGCAUCCCCACUGCCAGGGAUUCCUCCUACGUGGCCUCCCACAAGUGCAGCAACAGAGGAGAGCACAGAAGGCCCCUGGGCCACGGAAGUGCCCUCAGCCUCAGAGAAGCCAUCCCCCUCGGAGGAGCCAUCCACACUUUCAGCCCCAGUGCCCAUCGAGACGGAGCUGCCAAGCUCUGGGGAGCCAUCGGGGGUGCCUGAAGUCAGCGGUGACUUCACAGGCAGUGGAGAAGUUUCAGGACACCUGGACUUCAGGGGGCAGCCCUCAGAGGGAAGUGUAAGUGGACUGCCCUCUGGAGACCUUGACUCCAGUGGUCUCAUCUCUGCAGUGGGCUCAGGCUUGCAUGUGGGCAGUGGACUGGCCUCAGGGGAUGAAGAUAGAAUUAGGUGGUCCACGACUCCUGCAGUUGGCUGGCUGCCCUCUGGAAGCGAGGGCCCAGAGCCCACUGCUUCUGGAGUAGAGGACCUCGGUGGACUUCCUUCUGGAGGAGAGGUUCAUCUAGAGCCCACUGCCUCUGGAGUAGAGGACCUCGGUGGACUUCCUUCUGGAGGAGAGAUCCAUCUCGAGCCCACUGCCUCUGGAGUAGAGGACCUUGGUGAACUUCCUUCUGGAGGAGAGGUUCAUCUUGAGCCCACUGCCUCUGGAGUAGAGGAUAUCAGUGGAUUUCCUUCUGGAGGAGAGGUCCAUCUUGAGCCCACUGCCUCUGGAGUAGAAGACCUCGGUGGACUUCCUUCUGGAGGAGAAAUCCAUCUCGAGCCCACUGCCUCUGGAGUAGAGGACCUCGGUGGACUUCACAGAACUUUGGUGGAAUCUGUAACCCAGGCUCCAACAGCCCAAGAAGCAGGAGAAGGGCCUUCGGGCAUUUUGGAACUCAGUGGUGCCCAUUCUGGAGCACCGGCCGUGUCUGGAGACCAUUCGGGAUUUUCGGACUUAAGCGGGCUGCCGUCAGGGCUGGUGGAGCCCAGUGGAGAGCCAUCGAGUACUCCACAUUUCAGUGGGGACUUCUCGGGCACCAUUGAUCUUGUUGAGUCCAGUGGAGAAGCCUCUGCGUCUGGAGAAGCCGGUGGAGCUACGCCCGGGUUCCCCGGGGCUGGAGUGGAAGCAUCCUCAGUCCCAGAAUCCGGCCAUGAGACGUCUGCCUAUCCUGAGGCCGGGGUGGUGGCGUCUGCUGCCCCCGAGGCCAGCGGAGGAGCUUCUGGGUCCCCUGAUCUGAGUUCAGCCACCUCCGCCUCCCGUGAAGCUGACCUGGACGGAGGCUCAGGCCUGGGUGUGAGCAGCAGCACGUCCCCCUUUCACGAAGGCCCCAGGGAGGGCUCAGCCAGCCCGGAGGCCAGUGGAGUGUCAACCACCACCUACCACGUUGGCACAGAGGCAUCAGGCUGGCCUUCAGCCGCCCCCGCGGCUUCCGGAGACAGGACUGACAGCAGCGGAGACCCGUCUGGCCACACCUCGGGCCCAGAUGUGGUCCUGAGCACCAGCCUCCCAGAGUCUGAGUGGACCCCGCAGAUGCAGCGCCCUGCAGAGGCGCUCCUAGAAAUCGAGUCCUCAAGCCCCCUGUACUCAGGAGAAGAGACCCCAACAGCCGAAACAGCCGUCUCCCCGACAGAGGCUUCCAUCCCAGCUUCUCCAGGAGGACCAGGUGUAUCGGAGACAGCCGUCACAGCUGGAGUGGCCGACAGGAGUCCUAACGGUGGCCCUUGGUUUCUUGCAGACAUUGAUGAGUGCCUCUCAAGCCCUUGUCUGAAUGGAGCCACCUGCGUGGACGCCAUCGACUCUUUCACAUGCUUAUGCCUUCCCAGCUACCAAGGGGACCUGUGUGAGAUCGACCAGGAGCUGUGUGAGAAGGGCUGGACCAAGUUCCAGGGCCACUGUUACCGCUACUUUCCCGACCGCGAGACCUGGGUGGACGCCGAGAGCAGGUGUCGGGAGCAGCAGUCACACCUGAGCAGCAUCGUCACUCCCGAGGAACAGGAGUUUGUCAACAACAAUGCCCAAGACUACCAGUGGAUCGGCCUGAAUGACAGGACCAUCGAAGGGGACUUCCGCUGGUCAGAUGGACACUCCUUGCAAUUUGAGAACUGGCGCCCCAACCAGCCCGACAACUUCUUCACGGCCGGCGAGGACUGCGUGGUGAUGAUCUGGCACGAGAAGGGCGAGUGGAACGACGUGCCCUGCAAUUACCAGCUGCCCUUCACGUGUAAAAAGGGCACGGUGGCCUGCGGAGACCCCCCUGUGGUGGAGCACGCCAGGACCUUUGGGCGGAAGAAGGCGCGGUACGAGAUCAACUCCCUGGUGCGGUACCAGUGCACCGAGGGCUUUGUCCAGCGCCACGUGCCCACCAUCCGCUGCCAGCCCAGCGGACAGUGGGAGGAGCCCCGGAUCACCUGCACAGACCCCGCCAGCUACAAGCGCAGACUACAGAAGCGGAGCUCCCGGGCCCCACGGAGGAGCCGCCCCAGCACGGCCCACUGAAAGGGGCUUCCCGGACGCGCCCAGGAUGCUGAGCCCAGGAGCCUUGCCAGGCUGACAUCCCACACGGAUGGUGUCCUCUUCUUGUCGCUUUCUGUCCUCUAAGGAAUUCCAUUAAAGAAGGAAAAACAUAAAUCCCACCUUGUGUAUGCACCCACCCCCCCACCCCCAGAUCACCGACACUUCGUCUGAUUUUCUCCCUCAAAUGCCGAAGCACAGCAAAUGUAUCGUAACCCGUGGACUGAGUUUAGAGACUUUUCUUCAAUCUCCCGAUGUGCCUUUCCAAGGACCAGUGCAGGGACAGGGGGAGAAGGGGAGGGGUUAAGUUAAAUAAAGAAGAUUAUUUUUUGUUUCCUGACUUUAUCCAAGAGCAGUGGAAUCGUUGGUUCUUUCUUCUCCAGGGAGAGCUAGGGAGGAGGGAGGAAGGGGCAGAAGGAGCUGGAAGGGCAGAAGCCCCAGGGCAUGAAGAACUCGGGAGCCGCAGCUGAAUGUAUCCGAUGAGAAGGGGCCGGGCCGGAGCAGGAGAAGCCACACCAUCCCUGUCGGGGAGAAGCCGGGGGGAGAGCGGGUGGGUUCCGGCCGAGGGUGAGUGGGCAGGAGCGAGCCAUCCAGGGGUCUUCUGCUGCAUGGGGAUCUGCUUCCCUCCAAGGGUCCCUCUUCCAGCGUCCUCUCCCCCAGGGCUGUCUGCCACCCUAGCAGGUGUGGCUCUCGGCAGGGCUGGGUGGGGGCACUUCCUUCCCAGCGGGAGCGCCCCCUCACCCUCUCCCCUCCCCCCCACCCCACCCCCGGGACCGUGCGGGCACCAGG